AUGCAUGAUUACACGAUAAAAGUAUACGAGUUUUUCUCAAACCUUCCUGAAAAUAUUCGAAGAACUCGUCGAUCUCGAUCUUCGUCUCAGUCAAACGGUAACGGUACCCCCGUUACUCCACAUUUAAGUGGUUCACGAGCGUCCGGUGCUGAGACUGUUUCUCCGCCCCCAGCGUCACCAGUACCACAGACAUUAUCACCCUUAGACUCUAUGGAUCCGAGUGUAGGGGUUGAUGCAUUAGAUUUGGAGAUGAGGUUGUUGAGGAUAAGAGAUGGGUGUUUGGAAGGGUGGAGGAGAAGGGGACGAGAUUGUAUUUGUGGACAUGGGUGUUUGGAUCAAGAAGUUGAUCAGGGGAGGGUAUUUUGGGGGACUGAGUUGGCUGAUGUUGAGGAGAGUAGUUCUGAGCUGGUUACGAGACCGGCUGGUUCUGAGGAGGGGGAGGAUGAGGAUGAGGAUGAGUGGGCAGAAGCUUUGGAAAUAUUAGCGGUGGAGGUAGAAGAAGAUGUAGAGGGCAUUGAAGAUACAGGAGUCGUUGAAGACAUUGGAGUUACUCAAUAUAGUGGAUUUUUUCAGCAUACAGAACCUGACCAAAAUACCGCACCUGAUCGAAAUAUGGGAACUGUUCAGGAUACAGGCCCUGGUCGAAAGAUAGGAACCGUUCAACAUGCAGGGCUUGUUCAACAUACAGGAGCUCUCCAAGAUAUGGGAGUCGCUCCAGACGUUGAAGUUGCGGGGGUGAUGGAAGAUGCCGAGGCUGUAGAAGAUAUGGAAAAUGCAGAGGAGGAACAAAUGGAAGCCGAGCCUUAUAAUCGCCCAUAUCUAGAGCUAGAGACUGGGACUGAGGCCAAGAUUUAUGAGGAUGAGGACGACGACGAGGAGCUGGAGGAGGAGGUUAGGAUGGAAGAGGAGGAUGGAAUGGAAGAGCCGAAUAGAGUGGAGUUGAGGAGGAUUAGUUGGUAUGUUAAUUAUGGAGGGAAUGAUUUUGCAGUUGAGUCUAACCGGGAUGAUGAAUUGAUUUGA